GAGGAGACGACGGAAUAGGAGAGAGAGAGAGAGAGAGAGAGAGAGGGGUUGGUUUGGUGACUACUGUUGUGGUGUGGCGGCGUUGUUUAUUAUAGGAUACGAGGAGGAGGAGGAGGAGUUUGAGAAUUUGAUUGGGGAGUAGAGAGAUAGAGAGAUGGGGGCGAGUAGCGAUCCGAAUCAAGAGGGGUCAGACGAACAGCAGAGGCGGUCGGAGAUCUACACGUACGAGGCGCCGUGGCAGAUAUACGCGAUGAAUUGGAGCGUCCGUAGGGACAAGAAGUACAGGCUGGCCAUCGCUAGUCUUGUGGAGAACUACUCCAACAGGGUUGAGAUCGUCCAGCUCGACGACUCCAACGGGGAGAUCCGCUCCGACCCUAACCUCUCAUUCGAGCACCCCUACCCUCCCACCAAGGCCAUCUUCAUCCCUGACAAGGAGUGCCAGAAGCCAGACCUCCUAGCCACCUCCAGCGACUUCCUCCGCGUCUGGCGCAUCUCCUCAUCCGACGAAGACGAUGAGGACCACAACCACAACCACAGUACCAGACGACCAUCGACGAGCUCUGAGCUAUAAAUGAAGAGCCUCCUCAACAACAACCGCAACAGCGAGUACUGCGGGCCCCUCACCUCCUUCGACUGGAACGAGGCAGACCCCAAGAAGAUCGGCACCUCCAGCAUCGACACCACCUGCACCAUCUGGGACAUCGACCGGGAGACCGUAGACACCCAGCUCAUCGCCCACGACAAGGAGGUCUACGACAUCGCUUGGGGCGGAGUCGGCGUCUUCGCCUCCGUCUCCGCCGACGGCUCCGUUAGGGUCUUCGAUCUCCGGGACAAGGAGCACUCCACCAUCAUCUACGAGAGCUCCGAGCCGGACACCCCCUUGGUCCGCCUUGGUUGGAACAAGCAGGACCCCAGGUACAUGGCCACCAUCAUCAUGGACAGCGCUAAGGUCGUCGUUCUGGAUAUCCGCUUCCCCACCCUUCCCGUUGUCGAACUCCAGAGGCACCAGGCCAGCGUCAAUGCCAUUGCCUGGGCCCCUCACAGCUCCUGCCACAUUUGCACCGCCGGGGACGAUUCCCAGGCCCUCAUUUGGGACUUGUCCUCCAUGGGCCAGCCAAUUGAGGGUGGCUUGGAUCCCAUUCUCGCUUACACCGCCGGUGCUGAAAUCGAGCAGUUGCAGUGGUCCUCUUCCCAGCCUGAUUGGGUCGCUAUUGCCUUCUCAACCAAGCUUCAGAUUCUGAGGGUAUGAUGUGAUUGGAUGUUUGAUUCGUGGUUUUAUUUUAGGGUUUCUCUUCUUCUUCUUCUUCUUCUUCUUCUUAGUCUUAGGUUACAAAAAGGCAAAUUAAUUGUCCCCCCCUUUUUUUUCUUCUCUUUUUUUCCUUUAAUCUUUCAGCCCUUUCAUCAAAAACCAAAAAAAAAAAACAAAAA